AUGUAUGCCACAAGCUCGCAAAAAAAAGACUGGACGUUCACUUCGGAGGAGAUUGCGUUACGUCGGAAAAAUGUAUGUUAUAGUCAUUUCAAAAGUCUUUUCUGGAGUGCUCAAAGACGCAGAAGUUUGGCAUGACUGAAAACACUGAACUCCAAGAAAAUAAGUUUUCCAUGCUUUUUAAAUUCUCAGUUAACUUUUUCGAAACUGCACUUUAUCAAUUUUAUAGGCAAACAAUAUAUUUCGAGCCAAACACAAAGAACUGUUGAGUAAAGGUGAAGAAGAACUAUUUUUGAACCCCGAGGAUGAACUCAUCAUGCAAAGAAUAGUGGAAGACGCAGCCACAAGGUACGUUUGAUUUACGGCUGGCUGAGUCGAGAUUUAAAACAUGCGGAAAGUUUGAAUAAAAUAGGCAUCUCUCAAUAAGGAUAAUUACGUUUGGAAGUAGACAUUUCUACCUUGCUAGUGUCCUUUUUUUUACCUCUACAGCCGGCCGUGAAUAUGUAAACAAUAUCGAAGCGAAAAUAUAUUUUUCUCAGAUUUGCCGAUAAAUUCCGACCGCAUAUUUGGCCAUCGGUGAAAUGGACAGCCUAUGCUUACUUCAAGAGAUUGUUUCUCGAUUGGUCGGCCAGUGAGAGUAGUCCCAAAGUCUCUAUUUUUCUUCUUUUUGACGAAUGAUGAACAAAGAUAAAGGCAGGAAAAUUCGAAAGUCAAUCUUCAAAAAUUCUCUUUCAAAAGAAGAUGAAAACUUUUGGUAAUCAAAGAUCAAUCAUUAAAUAGGAUGCACGAUGAGAUAGGCUUAUCGGUAAUCGGUCCUACAGCAUACUUGUAAAGCUUCCUUAUAAGCUGGCCUUCGCAAGAGAUGAUACAUUUUGGACAGUGGUUUUCAAUUAAAACAGUAAAACUAAAAAAAAUUCAUUUUAAAUUUAUUCAAAAAUUCGAUUUUCAGAUAGUUAUAAUGGCCUGCUUCUACUUGGCAAUGAAAACAGAUGAAUUUUACGUCACAAUCGACGAAUUUGUCUCCAACUUGUCGUUAGUUACCUUUUCCUUCAAAUUCCUCUCACGCUGUUUUUUUUCAAUUGAGUGGAAAAAAGUCACCUCAAAGAGCAUUAUAACUGUUUGUUAAAGAAGAACGGAAUCUUCCUACGUGAGCGAUGAACCACACUAUACCUUUUCUGUGCUUUUCCCUUUCGCGCUGUAUUGUAGAGUUAAGUGAGAUUCUUCGACUCACGAAAGCUUGCCGCUUUUCGAAAACGAAGUUUGACGGGACUUUGAAGAAAAAAGUUCAAUUGGGUUUUUGUCACGACCUUCCUUAUUUUUGCUCAUGCUUCUUCAAACGCCCAAGCAAAAUUUUGCGUGUAAAUUUAACCCGUCAAAAAGUUGUUUUUUACCUUGAGAAAGUCGAAAAUGUUCGUUAAAAGGAGCAAUUUUAGGACAGGAUCUCCAGAACAAAACACGAGUCGCAUUCUGGGACUUGAACCGGAAAUAAUGAGAUCUUUGAACUACAAUCUUACUGUUCAUGCUCCUUACAGGCUGGUUUUUGAUGAAAAUUCCAUGCUAUUACUGAUAUUGUAGGCCGUUUGAAGGGCAUCUGAUGGAAAUGAAAACCCGGAUGGUGCUUUUGGCUUUUGACCUUGAAACGAUACGGAAUGAUGCUUUCAAAUUUUUUGAUGUAUGUUUUUUAAAAUUUCUCGAAAAUCAGCGUUUCAAGUUUCUUUUUUCCACAACAUCCAAUCUCCUUCUCUGUCUUUUAUAGAAAGCCUUACAAACGGAUGUUAUGAUGAUGUUCUCGCCAUCACAAAUUUCGCUCGCCGCCAUCAAGUACGGACUUGUCACGCAAGGUACCUCAAUCUUUAUUUUCAGCAUAUUACGAGCUUAUUUACAGGGAAAUCGCCCGAUAUUCUCAAAGAAUUCCUAGCUAAAUUGUUUGGCGUGGAAGAUAACGCCUGGGGGAGUUCUUCCGAAGGAAUGAAAAACGUUGUAAAACUUAUGGAAAGGUUUUUCACCACUCCAAAAAGCCGCCUAAGUUGAAGUUUCUGUUCAGGAUAGAGGUGAUUAUCAACACAGUCGAAGAAGAUUUCAUGAACAUAAAUGAUGCAGACAGACUUCAGCUCCAGGUUUUCUUUCUCAUUUGAAAAAAUUUUUUUUUUGAAGUUGUUUUUACGGUAGUGGAAAGUUGAAUUGAAGGGAUUUUUUGGCCAGGAAAAAUGGUAAAAAGGCUUUUGGUUUAUGACUUUUCUGUAAAAUUUCUUUUAAUACAGUGAAAAGUUUUUUUGAAAAAGAGAAAAUAAAUAAAUUUUUUUCAAAAGCUACUUUUCUUUGCUGGCUUUCAAAAAAAUUUGAAAUUUUUUUAAAGAUUUUUGACUCAAUUCGCUUUUUUUCUGAUAACUUCACUUUACUUCAUAUUUGAAAUUAGCGACCAAGUUUCCUAAGAGCUCACCCACAAGGACACAUUCUGAACUCAUGAUGAGAUUUAUAUAUGAAUGGGACCUCUAGAUGUGGUUAGUCUAUCUUUUUUGAUGAAGUUUAUUUUUGGCGGAGAAUAUCGCUGGCCUUGAUGAUCACGAAAAUAUUCCCUAUAAAGUUUUUUGAGCGGAAAGAAAAGUUCACAAAUAAUGAAAUAUUCCUAGUCGAUUUUGCAAACGUCUUCAGGUAUUCAUGUCAUUAGAUUUCAGAAACGUGCUGGCGCUUUGACGGAGUUAAUGAGUGAAUUAACUCGACGCCGGAGUGAGCAGUGGAAAGCGAAUGGCUCCAUUGGCAAGGCUCCUGGCGACGUCGACGAACAACCCGUUGAUUCUGAUGACGAAUAA